UUCACUCAUAAUAAGUAUUAAUUAUUUUUCAAAUGUUUUUAUUAAAACUAGUCAAGUUAAUUUUUUUAUUAUUUUAUGCUAUUUUAUAUAUAAAAGCAGACAAUUCUACAAUACAAUUUGAUAUGAUUUCUGCUUGAAGCACCUAUAAUGCCUUCUAAAUGUGAUCAGAAGAUACGAGCCUUGACUGUAUAUCUUGGAUGCACAUAUACAAAAGUUUUAUAUAAUCUUUUUUUUGUUAUUAACAGAAUCUUAAAAAAAUGUGAAAAAAAAAUUAAACAAAAAAAUGAAUUAAUAAAUGGAUGCAUUUGUACUGAAGAACUCAUAAACAUAAUAUCCACAUUAAUUGUUCCAAUGUCAAUAUUGAUGAAAAGUGCCAUAGAUGGAGUUGAUUUAUUACAUAACAAACCAUGGGUUAUUCUUAAUGAACAUCGCCGAUAUUACUAUAUGAUAAGUCCUUUAUUAGAAGAAAUAGGAAAUAUCCUUGAUGAAUUAGACAAACGUACUCUAUCACGUGAUCAUAUAUCUACAUACUCUUGGGCAUUAGAUACUAUGGAUAAUUUUUUUAAAAGAAUAUUUAUAAAUCUAAACAAAGAAUCAGUGCUUUAUUGUGAUUUUGUACCUUAUAGUACAAAUUAUUUAUGGAAAGAAUGGCUUCAAGAAUAUAAAGCCAUUAUUGAGAAGGGCAUAAAAUCUGUAUUUUUCAAAUUCUUAACUGGAAAAUUUAAUGAUUACAUCAAGACAGUAAUUACAGAAAAGUAUUUUGAACUGGGAUUUAAAUUUGAUUCAAUUACAGAAGAAACGUUUAUACCAACAUCAGAGGAACCAAUUGAACCAGGCAUUUAAAGUGAAAAAAUAUAAAUUAAAAUAUAAAAUCAUAAUCCUAUAAAUUUAUUUAUUAAAAAGCAGUACAAAUAGAAAAUUAUAUAAUUCUCUUUGUUCUACAUUCAUGUUUUGUAAUUUAUUACAUUUACAUUAUAACUUAGUAAAUCUAUUAAAACAUAAUUAUGAAUCGUGAAUCAAUAAUUAUUUAUUGUAAAUUUUGAUAUUUCUCAACAAUUUAUUGUUAAUAGUAGUUAUAUGUAAAUUGUAAAAAACAAAAAAGAAGAGGAAGAGGAAAGCACAGGAACGCGGACGUUUGUAGUAAACAAAUAGAAAAGAAAAAGAUUAGUAGUAUAAUGGGAAGGGAAAAUAUUGGCUGUGAUGGUAGUAUAGUAUAAAGAAAGUAAGAAUGGCUAUAGGUAUUGGGCAGCGACAAUAAUAGAAUGAAAUAGAAAACGAUCUCGGGUUACGUAUGCCUACAGAAGCACGUUUGAUAUAUACGAGUAAAGAUGAAAUACCAACGAAACGUUACUAUUUAGCUCCCGCACAAAUAUAUAUACACAAAUUUAUAUAAGUCCUGAGCAGUGGUGUAGUCCUAAAAAUGUUUAUGGGUAUACGCCUAUAUUAUGAAUAGAGAAUAACGCGGGGGGCUCCACUCCCCACACCACAAAUUUCACUUUAUAUUUUCUACUUACAAUAUUUCACAAUUAUUUUGUUAAACUUUAUACAUUAUCAACAGUGAUAUAGUCGUAAUUUGAUCAAUGGAUAAGUUAAAAACCUAAAUGAGGAAACGUGGGGAAUUUCACCCCCACACUACUAUUCAAAGGCCUUAACUAGAACAUAGUUUUGGAGGACGAAAUACAAAUAUUGUGAUGUUUUAACCCAACCUAACCCUCCCAGAUACGGUCUUGCUCUUUUCAACUUCCAAACUAUUACUCGAAUAUUUUUACUGACACUUCUAAGAUCUUACAUAAAUUAAAUUUCAU